AUGGGGGAGGACGGGGGUAACGAUUUCAUUUUAGAGGCUCCCCUUUUCCAAAGGGAAAUAAACCUUGACACAAACUUCAUCACGUCACAGAGAUGUAGACAGGACAGGCCCCGCAGUGACAGGCUGCGGCAUGGCAGGGAGAAGCCCAGGCAAUUCUGGCGGGGCAGCGGCUGGCGAUGCAGGACGCAGCAGGUACCCAGCCAUCCAGCCAGCCCGCCUUACCACAUCUACACAGUGGCGUUUACCUAUUCGCUCGCGCCGUGGCUGCCACGCAACCUAUCUGGGCGGCGGGCUGGCACAGCCCGCGGUCACCGGAGCGAUGCCGAAGAGGAAACUCCCGGCCCCUCUUCGGGCGAGGGGCGCGCUGCGGGCCGGCUCCGGGCGGGCAGCUCUCCCUCCUCGGCGGCGGCGGCGGCGGCGGGUGUGCUCCGCUCUGCGGCCAGCGGCGGGCAGCGUCCAUUGCAGCUCGGCGGGUCCGCGUCCGGAGUCCGGGGGCUCCGGCAGCCAGCGGGGGCACCCGGCCCCCGCUCCCCUAAACACCGCUGGCCAGGUGCGUUUAUUUCUCAUCCCGUCCUCUUCCCACAAAUCCACCGUCUGCGGCCGCCGAGCCCCAGCAGCAGCCCGGCCAGCCCCCGAGUCACCACCGAUCGCUCUCCCCUCUCGCUCUCUCUCUCUCUCUCUCUUUCCCUCUCGUUUCAAGCUCUCCCCGAGGAGGAAAUAGAACAGCGGGGCCGCUCGUCCUGCAUUUCACCGCGCGGGAGGCGCCGCCGCCGCCGGAACGCUUAAAACAAAGCGGAGAACAGUCACUUUCCACACUGUUCCCUUCCCUCCCCGCGCCGAGUAACGCGGCUGGAUAGGGGAGCUCGCCUAGCAGGGAUGAAAACCAAGGGGGGGGGGUGAA